AUGGCUCCAAUUGCCUUUUUCGAUGAUUCUGGGUUUGAAGGUUGUGUUAUUCUGAACCGGAUUGACUUCCUAGAGAGGAUCAAACCCGGCGUCUACAGAAUGGGAAGUGGUUACCUGUUCAAUCGGUUAGGCGUGCAGUGCACUAAUGAAGGAUUUUCUGGUCUUGAAUUUGCUUCUGGGAUUCCUGGGACCGUAGGUGGAGUUGUUUACAUGAACGUUGGAGACAAUGGACAGGAGAUUGUCGAUGCCAUUGAUACAAUUGAGAUUGUUACAGUGGAUGGGAGGCAUCAAAUUUUGUACAGAAGUGAUCUUGCCUUUGGGUACCGCAUGUCACCCUUUCAAGCGAUGCAAGAUUUGACAGCAAUUGUGGCUGUAACAUUUCAUCUGUUGCCUUCAGCAUCAACAAAGGAGCAUCAACAAGCAUAUUUGAAGAAGUAA